GUUGUGCUACCCAUCACCCACGUAGAGUUCAGAGAACUAGUAAUGGUAGUAGUACUAGUACUAAGAAUUGUCCCGCUUUUGGUCACGGUGACCUAAAAGUAUGCGCUAAUAUAUUCAGGAUAGAUCUAUCUCGUCUAGCAUGAGUUCAGUGUGUACAGCACUGGGAUUGGACAUUUACGCCCUGAGAGAUGUUUUCUCCUACAGAAGUUUAGUUCAUGCAAUAGCAGGGGCUGCAGGAAGCAUCACUGCCCUUACUGUGUUCUUUCCACUUGAUACAGCACGAACAAGACUUGUAGUUGAUGACUUGCGAGAAGCCAAGCCAACCCCAGUGAUACUCCAUGAAAUAUUCAAGGAAGAAGGGAUUGAUGGACUAUACAGAGGGCUAUUUCCAGUUAUCACUUCCUUAUGUUGCUCAAAUUUUGUGUAUUUUUACACUUAUAAUGGGUUGAAAAAUGUCUGUGUACCCCAUAGAGACAAGGAGGAUGCAUUGCAAGAUUUGCUUAUGGGUUUUGUGGCAGGUAUUGUAAAUGUUCUGCUUACAACUCCUCUAUGGGUGAUUAACUCUAGACUGAAAAUCCAAGGCGCCAAUUUGAGGACCAAACAGUAUAAGGAGCAGAAGUUCCCAAAGUAUCGAGGGAUAUUAGAUGCUUUUUUGAAGAUAGUCCGAUAUGAAGGUGUUUCGUCUCUUUGGAGUGGCAUGCUGCCAUCUUUGGUGCUAACUGUUAACCCUGCAGUGCAGUUCAUGGUCUAUGAGGUCAUUAAGAGAUACUUUCAGAGACUUUGGAAGGUUCAGGAGCUCUCAGGCUUAACAUACUUCUUCAUUGGUGCUAUUGCUAAAGCUGUAGCCACAACUGUGAGCUAUCCUGUCCAAGUAAUACAGGCAAGAUCAAGGGUUGGUUUCAGUAAAAAUGCUAAGAACCCUAAAGGAGUCAUUGAAACUUGGCAAGAAGUAAUAAGGAACAAUGGGGUGAAAGGUCUGUUUAAGGGUUUGGAAGCCAAGCUUCUCCAGACUGUGCUUACAGCAGCCCUGAUGUUUAUGCUCUAUGAGAAGAUAGCUGCCUUUAUAUUCCACAUUUUCUUUUUGGAAGUGUCAGGAAAAUCUGUCUAGGAAAUCUGUAUAGAUGAAAAUUACUUCAACCAUGUUGGAAGAUUGCUUUAAAAAUUUUAAAGGGGUAGCAUGGAAUUUUGACUUAGGGAUUUUAACAGAGAUUGGCAGAGGUACUUAAAAGUUAACACUUUAUCAUGGUGCUUGGUUUUGCAAUUUUUGAGGAUUUCAGUUACAUAUACAUCUCAGAGAUCAAAUGUAUGAUUCACUUGAAAUCACAAAUUUUUAGCUUGCUUACUGCUUUUACAAAAAGAUAGACAAGGACCAGACACUUGAAUGUGAAAAUAAUGAAUAAUCAGAUACAGUGAAUGGAUCAAAAUUGUUGAAGUUGGAAUUCUGAAGUUGAUUGGUCUAACAAACAGGGAUGAGACCAGUCUUUACUGAAAAAGUGGGAAAAUUGGCUGAGCGUCCAGGGUACACAAUUCACAAGAAUGACCCAAAUGACCCUGAAAAAGUCGGACUUCUGACAAAAGUCAGAAAAGUCUCACCAGUGAACAAAUUGUAUUUAUAUGCAACAUUUUACUUUAUAGGAUAGUCAUUUCUGUAGAAGUUUAGCCCUCUGUGAAACAGAAUUGAAUGCUAACUUUUUUCAGUUCUCUCUAUAUUAACAUCAGUUUAAUUGAAAUAUAGAGCAUCAGCUUUAUUUUCCCUAUACACUAUAAUUUUCAUACAAUAUAAUUUUACAAUUAACAAAAAUACAAUGUCAACAUUCCUUUUGCUCAAUAAACUUAGAAAAUAGUACUUAAAAGUCUUGCUACUUGUAUUCAUCUAUCUGAUUAGAGCUGAGCUGAGCAAAACGUAUCUGAUACUUUGCUGGAUCUACUACAUUAGCUUGAAUGCAUCUUUUAAAUGUAAAAAAAA